AUGUUUAUUGUGAAACAUUUGGUUAGAAAUAGAUUUAAUAAAAUUAACAUUUUUCCAGUGCGCUUUUUAAAUGACUUUUUAAACGUGGAAAUAGCUGGUGAGAGUUUGAAGUUCCCACACGUGUGGUUAAGAGACAAUUGCCAAUGCGAACAUUGUUUUCACUCUUCGGCUAAAAGCAGAAUCUUAGAUUGGAGCAAAUUCGAUCUCAACAUCAAACCCAAACAAGUGUUAUACAAUGAGAAAUCCGUUGAAAUAUUAUGGACGGACGGCCACAAAUCAAUUUACCAACUCAACUGGCUAAAGUUUAGGAGUUUCGCGCGGGAAAACCGGCGUAAAUACAACGAGGCGAUCUACCGACCCGCCCAGAUAACGUGGAACAACGAAACAUUCAAUCAAAUAUUGAAGAGAUUUAGUUAUAAUGAAAUUUUGGAUUCCGACAAGGCUUUGCACGAUUGGCUUUAUAAUCUAUCUGUCUAUGGCGUAACACUGAUACAGGGUACCCCGAAUUCUGAAAACGCUAUCGACGAUAUCAUAGCAAAAGUUGCUUUUCCAAAAACAACGCAUUAUGGAGCGAAGUUCGUGGUGCAGAGCGUUCCGAACACAAGUAACGUGGCCUAUUUAUCAGGUCACUUGCCCUUGCACCUGGACUUGCCCUAUUACGAAUAUUGCCCGGGAACGACGCUAUUGCACUGUCUAGUCCAAACGGAAAGCUAUGGCGGGCAGAAUUUGUUGUCAGACAGCUUCUUCGUCGCCGAGUACAUGAAGCAGCAUCAUCCUGAGCACUACAAAAUCUUAACAGAGGUUGAAGUCGAAUGGAGUGACAUAGGCGUCGAGCACGGAAAUGAAUUCUUCAAGUUAUAUAGGGCACCGGUGUUUUGUAUAGACAAACAUGGGGAACUAUUCCGUGUUAAUUUCUCUAUACCUCAAAGAGGCAGCUAUUUCCCUGAACCGUUAGAAAAGGUAGUACCCUGGUAUCAAGCACAUGGUCUGUUUCUAAAACUGAGUAACGAAUUUUCUGCAUCAUUCAAAACUAACGUAGGUGAUAUACUCGUAUUCAACAAUACCAGAAUGCUGCAUGGUCGAAAUGCCUACGAAGAUAACAGCAACAAUGUGAGAAGACUCAUUGGUGCUUAUGUAGAUUGGGACGAGAUAUAUUCGCGCCUACGUUGUCUCACAGUUAAAUUGAAAAAUCUGGAUGGAGUCUAA